CCCCUGUUCCCCUCCAGGCUGCCCGCGCCGGGCCUGGGCCAUCAGGGCUACCGUGACCCGAGCGCUUUCAGGGCUGCGAGCUGGGGGUGCGCCUGGACCCCCGCCCCAGGGAUCAUGGGGAAUGGCAUGACCAAGGUACUUCCUGGACUCUACCUCGGAAACUUCAUUGAUGCCAAAGACCCGGAUCAGCUGGGCCGGAAUAAGAUCACACACAUCAUCUCCAUUCAUGAGUCACCCCAGCCUCUGCUACAGGGCAUAACCUACCUUCGCAUCCCAGUGGCUGACAACCCUGAGGUACCCAUCAAAAAGCACUUCAAAGAAUGUAUCAACUUCAUCCACUGUUGCCGCCUCAAUGGGGGGAACUGCCUUGUUCACUGCUUUGCAGGCAUCUCUCGAAGCACCACCGUGGUGACAGCAUAUGUGAUGACUGUGACGGGACUAGGCUGGCGGGAAGUGCUUGAAGCCAUCAAGUCCACCCGGCCCAUUGCCAACCCCAACCCAGGCUUCAGGCAGCAGCUUGAAGAGUUUGGCUGGGGCAAUUCCCGGAAGCUUCGCCGGCAGCUGGAGGAGCGCUUCGGAGAGAGCCCGUUCCGCGACGACGAAGACGUGCGCGCGCUGCUGCCACUGUGCAAGCGCUGCCGACAGGGCUCUGCGACCUCGGCCGCCUUCCCCGCGCCGCAGUCAGCCUCCGAGGGAACCCUGCAGCGCCUGGUGCCGCGGGAGGCCCACCGGCCGCUGCCGCUGCUGUCGCGCGUCAAGCAGACUUUCUCUUGCCUCCCCCGGUGUCUGUCCCGCAGAGGCGGCAAGUGAGGAUUCCGCACCGCUUCCUUCCAACUGGUCCCCUGCGGGGGACUGUCUGGGCCUCCCACCGCC